UCGACCAUGUGAGUUGAGUCAUUGACUGAAAUCACUUUUUUUAAAGAAAAAAUUGAAAAUUCCCUUUAAAAAAUGGAAAUAUCAACUGUGAUAAACGCUUUUAAAGACGUUCCAACGUUGACGAUCCCAAAAGCCUCUCAGGAAUAUUUGAAAAUUACUUUUUUGGAUGAUGUUUCAAAGAACCCUCCUUCGAGGCAUCUUCAAUCGACGUGCAUGCAACCUUUUGGUGUCUCGCCAGUUAUUGAAGCUGAAAUCACCGGUCACAAAGUUCUUGCCUGUGGUGAAGACGUAAAAACUGUUCACGAACUCACUUUAAACCUUCCAGAGCCGGUUUCCUAUCUCCCUGGCGACACAAUCGGCAUCUUAGCUCGCAAUAAAACGAGUGAAGUGGAUGAAGUCAUAUCGAAAUUGGGAUUUACUGAAGUUGCGGACAAGCCAUUUUCUGUAGAAGUCACGGAUCCGAAGAAAAAACUCCCGAUUUUCAUUCCAUCGGAUACGGUUUUGACGAUUCGACGCGUUUUAACUGAGUGUUUGGACCUUCAUGGCGUUCCAAAGAAGCUUUUUAUUAGAGCAUUGAUGACUUUUGUAACUGACGAGCAGGAAAAACGCUUUUUGGAAAUCUUGUGUUCGAAGGAAGGUGCGAAAAAUUAUUCAGAUUUCGUGGAAAACAGUAAAAAUGGAACAUUUUUGGGAUUAAUUCGAUUGUUUACGAGUUUGAAACCGGAUUUUAGCGUUUUACUUGCACAUUUACAACGAUUAUUGCCGAGACCGUACUCGAUCACCACAAGUCCCAGUCAUGGAAAACAAAUAAAAUUCGUGUUUUCCUUCGAAAAUGGUCUUGUAACAACGUAUUUGCAAGAAAUUGUCACUCAAUCGAACAAAAAAGUCGAAAUUUACUUCCGACAGAGCACAAAAUUCAGUUAUUCUAAGGAACAUUUUGAUAAAAAUCUGAUAAUGAUUGGUCCUGGCACCGGAAUUUCGCCAUUUAUUGGAUUUUUGACUCAAAAACAGGAAAAUGGAUGCAAAUCUCGAGCUUGGCUGUUGACUGGAUGUCGUUACCGCGAAAGAAAUCAACUUUUUAAAGAUGAAGUUGAAGGAUUUUUGCAAAAUGGAAGUUUGACGAAACUUUCUCACGCAUUUUCACGUGACCCGGACUCAAGUCUUAAAUACGUGCAAGACUUAAUUCGUGCUGAACAAACAGAAUUUGUCAAAUGGCUGAUGGAUGGCGACACAAUUGUCUAUGUUUGUGGCGAAGGAAAGAAAAUGCUGCCGGAUAUUCAGAACACAAUCGUUGCUUGCUUGGUGAAUGUUAAUUUAAUGCCUGAGAAUGACGCGAUCGAAUUUGUGAAAAAUUUGAAAAAGACCGGGAAAUAUAUUGAAGAUGUGUGGAUAUAAAUUGACAAUUUUAAAACUUUUGUUUUUUGAUUUUUUGCACAACUUUCACCAGUGGAAUGACUGAUUUGGCUUCUCCGUUGUUUUUUACGAUGAAUUCGUGGUUUAGAAGUUCAUGACAAGGUGCGCGCUUGUCGACAUCCACUUCCAACGUUCGA